AUGCUGUCCAUCCCAGAUCACAAGCCUCUCCAGGACUGUUCCAGCUCAAAUUCCCACGACCAACUCACACCCAACACCGUGCACACGGUCUUCAGCCUGGCCCACCACGAGUCAUUUUGGACCCCUCAACCGUCGUCAGGAAACUGCGAAUUUUACUGGCAUGCAAUUCUCCUCAUGACUUCUGGGGGCAGCGUACUGAUCUGCGGGAUGGUUUUGAGUGGACUGUACUUCGCCGGGGUUUCCAUGAUGGCCACCAAUAUUCUCGGCCCCGCCCUGCUGUCUAUCGGUCUGAUGGUGCUUGUAGUGGGUGUGGUUUUGGUGCCCAUCACUCGGGAAAUGAGGCAUCAGAAUGCUACGAUGCGGAUGUGUAGCUUUUAUAAGCCUCAGUUAAACCCGUGA